AUGGCCAAUCCUAACUGGUGGAACAUCAAUAUUAACACCAUGCGACCUCAACAACCUUCUCCUUUCUUGUCCUCUCCCUCCAAUUUUCUACCCAAUCAUCAGCAACUUCCUUCUUGGCAACAUGACCUCAACAAUCAACAACAGUUUCCUGACUCAUGGACCCAACUUCUCAUCUGGCCUGAUGGUGAUAAACUUAUGGUUCUGGUUAAAGGGCUGGAUCGUGGUGAAGAAGAUAGAGGAGGUAUGGGUCAGUUUCAGGCACCGAAUGCUGCUCUCGUGGAUAUUAAGCAAGAAAGUUCAGUGAACAGCUAUGGCUAUGGACAUGGAAGCAGCGAAGAAUUUCAAGCAGUGAAACCUGCAGGUUGGCCUCAAAUGGUAGUACCAGCUUCUUCCCCGAAGUCCUGUGUCACAAGUUUCAGCAGCAAUAUGUUGGAUUUCUCUAACAAUCAAACCGAUGCUAAGCCGUCUCUGCCAGAUCCAUCUUCUGAGUGCAACAGCAGUGCAAGUGGUGGGGCAGUGGGGCAGUGA